GAUCGCCGCCAUGCCGGAUAGCGGGGGUCGUCAAGCUCAGCACCGACUGUGUGACUCGGCGAGCGGCGUUAACUGGCGCCCGACGCGUUUCCAGGACGAGUUGACGGUGAUUCGCUACGCGUGCUGCGUGUGCCACGUCGUUCCCAAUACUACGGUCGUACUGCCAUGUUCCCACACUUUGUGCGAGCAAUGUCUGACGGGGUGUAUCGUCCAAGAUGGAGGAAGCAUCUGUCCCUUGGACGCCGACCCAUUCUGCGAAGACGAGUGCCAGAAGUUGAAGCUUCCUGACCGAAAGAAAACGAACUUGAAGGCUCACUGUUGGAAUGAGGCUGACGGCUGCGAAUUCGUAGGCACCAUCGAUGCCGUGCUGCUCCACUUCGACAGUGAAUGCGCCUUCCACGCCGUCCAGUGCUCGCGUUGCGAACGAAGAAUGCUGCGCACACACAUUGCAGCGCACUACAUCACCGGGUGUUCCAGGAAUGCUUCGAGCGCAAGCGGUACUCAGGCGCACAAGGAAGCUGGUUCAUCUUCAAGUUGCGACACGAAUGUUAUUCUGGACAAGUUCGCCACCCUUCUAAGACAAAUGAACGACGUAUCUGCACGUUUGCAGGACGUCAGCAGCGCAAUCAGUGGCGUUGAAAUCAGUCUUCAGCGUGGAAUGGAAAGCAUCGAGAAGAACAUCUGCACGACGCUCGAUCAACGACUGAACGCUGGUCUGGAAGAACUGAGGGUGUCGAACCCGUGCGGUGAUUACCUGUCAUCACUUCAAAGCCAAAUAAAUGAGCUUGUGGAACAAUCUAGGCAGCGCGAUGCGUACCAAAUACAUGAAAUUGGACGUGUGCUCACAUAUUCCCAAAUAAAAGUGAAAGAAGAUGUGAAGGUUCAGUUGCAGGAGAUAGUACCUAUAAUAAGAGUGCUCGUAUCUGAACUGAAGGACGACGUGAAGACCCAGAUAGGGGAACUUAUUCACGUGACGAGAGACUCAGAAGGCGAGUUGAAAGAACAUGUGAGCAGAGUAGUCGAGGCCCGUAUCUCUUCGAGACUCGCAGAUCAACAGCAUUCUUUACCAGGAGCGCCGGACCGUUCGAUUAAGGGCAGAUCUGUGCGCCACCGCGCCAGGCCACCGCCGCCUUCCGCUAUUUCUGACGCCGUUCGCGCCGCCGCCGAAGGUCCGGAGGGAACCACGGCGCAGCCGCCGCCCGUUGUUGUUCGCGCCGCCGCUGAAAUUCCGAGAGGAACCGCGGCACCGCCACCUCCCGUUAUCGCUCACGCUGUUAGCGCCGCCGCCGAAGUCCCGAGAGGGAAUACGCCGCCGCCGCCGCCACCUGCUAUUGGUCGUGGCAUUUGCGCCGCCGCCGCAUUGCCGAGACGAACAGUGCCGCCGCCACCGCCAGCCGUUAUUAUUACUCACGCCGUUGGUACCGCCACCGAAGUCCCGAAAGGGAACGCGCCGCUGCUACCACCCGCUGUUGGUGAUGUCGUUCGCGCCGCUGCCGCAUUCCCGAGAGCUACUAUGCGACCCCCGCCACCCGUUAUCACUCACGCUGUUAGCACCACCACCGAAGUCUCGAGAGGGAAGACGUCGCCGACGCCACCCGUUAUUACACACGCUGUUACCACCGCCGCUGAAGUCCAGAGAGGAACCAGAGCGCCGACGCUGCCCGUUAGUGUUGGCAUCGCCGCCAAAGUCCCGAAAGAGAACACGCCGCCGCCGCUGCGCAAUAAUGGCCGCGUGCCUCCGUAAGUCUUACUUUAACACGAGCGGAGAACCUGGGCAUAAAAAACAUCUAUCUAUCUAUCUUAUCU